CGCUUCGGUACAGAGUUUAGUGCACACCCUUUUGCACACACACACACACAUACGCGCGCGCGCGCGCGCACCCGUAAACUUGAAAACACUUUCACGCGCGCACACACGGACCGCACUAAUGGCACAUACAGCGCGCGCUCAGUCCGGACUCCAGAGACCGGGACAGUCUUAAAUGAUAAGAAGAGGAAGAGGAAGAGGAAAGCACCUGCAGUAAUCCCGUGCAGAGAGUGUGAUCCAGAGGCGACUUGUUCCUCAAUCCUAGUCUGGAUUAUGUGCUCGGUUUGACAGUUUUGUCGCGCGCUCGGAUGAAUCGCUGCACCGGAAUCCGCCGCGGACGCGGCACGCGGGGACUGGGGAUACAGCGCGAGACCGUGGGGGUAAACUGAUCAUCAUAACUAAGGCAGCCAACCUCUAACAGCGUCCACCAGAGGCCCUGAGAGCACCGGCACGCCUCGCUUCUCCGCUCACGUGCUUCCUUCAUUGCGCACUCCAUCUGUCUCCUGCUCUACAUGGAGUCGGGGGAGUUAUGGAGCCAGGUGGAAGAUCCCCUCGUGGGGAGCUUUAACACGUCGGACUUUAGAACCGGAAGUCCUUUAGCGUCAAUGGUGUCAAGGAUGACGAACAAUCAGUCGUACGGGAUGUCGAACCAGACCGAGCCGUUUUUCAGCAGCAGCAUGGUGAUGACGGCGGUCAUAUCGGUGAUCGUGUUCAUCGUCGGACUCAUAGGCAACACGCUGGCCAUCUACGUGGUGCUGCGGUAUGUCAAGAUGAAGACCGUGACCAACAUCUACAUCCUGAACCUGGCGGUGGCGGACGAGCUCUACAUCCUGAGCCAGCCGUUCAUGAGUACGCAGAACGUCCUUUCGUACUGGCCGUUCGGAUCCUUCCUGUGCCGCGUGGUCAUGACGACCGAUUCGCUCAACCAGUUCACGAGCAUCUUCUGCCUUACGGUGAUGAGCAUCGACCGUUACCUGGCCGUCGUUCACCCUCUCCGUUCCAGCAGGUGGCGCCGGCCCCGCGUGGCCAAAGCGGUAAGCGCUGCGGUGUGGACCACGUCGUUCAUAGUGGUGCUGCCAGUGGUGAUCUUUUCCGACGUUCAGGACAAGUUCAAUUCCUGCAACAUGAGCUGGCCAGAGCCGCACACCAUUUGGCCAGUGGCGUUCAUCCUCUACACGUCUGUUCUCGGCUUCUUCGCGCCGUUGCUUGUGAUAUGCGUGUGCUACGUGCUCAUCGUGGUGCGAGUGAAGGCUUCGGGAGCGCGGACCGGAUUGGGGAGGCGGCGCCGCUCCGAGCGCAAGGUGACGCGCAUGGUGGUGGUCAUCGUAGUGGCGUUCGUGCUCUGCUGGCUGCCCUUCUAUACCGUCAACAUCGUCAACCUCAUAUUCCACCUGCCCGAGAACAGCGUGAUGGUGGGCGUCUACUUCUUCUCAGUCAGCCUCACGUACGCCAACAGCUGCGCCAACCCAGUUCUCUACGGUUUCCUGUCUGAUAACUUCAGGCAGAGUUUCCGGAAGGUGCUCUGCCUGCGCAGGGCCAACGGCGUGGAGGACGGGGAGCCGAGCGCGCCACGCACUGACAAGACGAGCGCAUUCGAUGGCUUCCUUCCAGUGAGGAACGACCACAUUAAUGGGCAUGCGCAGACCGGCCAGGACAUGCAGUUGGAGCCGUGCUCGGGUCAAACGUCGCACCCGCAACCGGUGAAAUCUAAAGUGAUUGGCCAGUCCUCGCUUUAAACCCCGCCCCUUUCUCUUUCUCUCUGUCUCAAUGCUGUGAUCAUAUACACCCUCCCCCCAUCCCCUCCCUUCUCCCUUCCUCCAUCCACUCGUAUGUCUGUUUGUCAUCACUACCUGAUAAAGGUGUGGCCUCAGACCCCGACUCCACCCACUCAGACUCCGCCCUCUCCCACAGAACAGCUCGGGCUACGCCCUUCCGGGUCCGUGACAGUGGCUGUGAUCUCUGACGAGUAGACGAUUCUGGGUACGUGGUCGUGACUGGAGCGUACAGCAGGAUGGAGGAAGGUGGAGAGGCUGCGCUGUCGUCAUGCGCCGCAGGAGACGAGAGCGAGACGAGAGCGAGACUGCACGCUGCGAGCUUUACAAACCUCGCCGACGUCCGUCGAGGAAGUCAAUCACUCCUCAGCGUGAGUCGGUGGAGCGCCGAUCUGAAAUCUGGGCUGCUGCUCGCGAUUGAAUAGAGAUGCCAAUUUCUGACAAACCCAUAGCUUAUCAUCUCACACACACGCGCACACACACACACACACACACACACACACACACAGCAUUGAAACAAGAAACCACGAACUUUCUUUCGAUUCAUCGUGUUAUGUCUAGGCCCAAAAUCCCAAACCCUUCCCCUGCUAUUGACUGCUGCCCGGCAUCUCGCGCUCCGCUUCCCCCCACAGGACUCUCAGACGUAUUGGAAAAGUUUCAACACUUAUUUUUUGCACGAAUUGCAGCACGAAGCUCGAUCUGGACCACGGGUUUGUGGCUACAUGCCGAAUUAUUGACGGAAUAUUCCUCAUCAACUCUGUUUGCUUUAAACACAGCUUUUUUUUUUGAGACUCACCCCCCACCUGACCAAAUAUUGCUCACCUCUUUCACCAGCGCUGUUGCUUUUAAGUGAAGGACAGAUGAGUUGUUGUUUUAUUUGAUAUAUAUUUAUGACUUACGUGUUCAGCAGUAUGUCGUUUGUAUAAGUAUAUGAGUGUACGGUGAUUUGUGUAGCCGAUGGGCCGCUGUAUUACCCAGCCUGACUCCUGGCCUUCUGCUUUGACACACUGUUUCAUACAAUAGUGUGUGAUUUGGGACGUGGCCAUGGGAAUGUUUGGCCCUGAGAGCCUUUGGAAGCCAAGAGUGUGCGAUCCAUUAUUUUACAAAAGUGAGAAUUGAGGGAUGUUGCAUGACUGUGAGAUACGUUCAGACAGCCAGUCAUGUUAAUGUGAUACUGUUAUAUGUGAUACCUGCUAGCUGUUUGAUUUUAAUUUAAAAAGUGUAAGCUUUAAGGGGUGGAAGGACCUCCUUCACUGGGAAUGACAGUGGCCACACCUCCUUCACUGGGAAUGACACUUAGUGGCCACGCCUCCUUCACUGGGAAUGACACUUAGUGGCCACGCCUCCUUCACUGGGAAUGACACUUAGUGGCCACGCCUCCUUCACUGGGAAUGACACUUAGUGGCCACGCCUCCUUCACUGGGAAUGACACUUAGUGGCCACGCCUCCUUCACUGGGAAUGACACUUAGUGGCCACGCCUCCUUCACUGGGAAUGACACUUAGUGGCCACGCCUCCUUCACUGGGAAUGACACUUAGUGGCCACGCCUCCUUCACUGGGAAUGACACUUAGUGGCCACGCCUCCUUCACUGGGAAUGACACUUAGUGGCCACACCUCCUUCACUAGGAACGACCCUUAGAGGCCACACCUCCUUCACUAGGAACGACCCUUAUAGGCCACACCUCCUUCACUAGGAAUAACCCUUAUAAGCCACACCUCCUUCACUAGGAAUGACCCUUAUAGGCCACACCUCCUUCACUGGGAACAACACUCAUAGGCCACACCUCCUUCACUAGGACCUACCCUUAGAGGCCACACCUCCUUCACUGGGAACAACACUCAUAGGCCACACCUUCUUCACUAGGACCGACCCUUAGAGGCCACACCUCCUUCACUGGGAACAACACUCAUAGGCCACACCUCCUUCACUAGGACCGAUCCUUAGAGGCCACACCUCCUUCACUGGGAACAACACUCAUAGGCCACACCUCCUUCACUAGGACCGACCCUUAGAGGCCACACCUCCUUCACUGGGAACAACACUCAUAGGCCACACCUCCUUCACUAGGACCGACCCUUAGAGGCCACACCUCCUUCACUGGGAACAACACUCAUAGGCCACACCUCCUUCACUAGGACCGUCCCUUAGAGGCCACACCUCCUUCACUGGGAACAACACUCAUAGGCCACACCUCCUUCACUAGGACCGACCCUUAGAGGCCGUUAUUUGACACUUAUUGUAAAUAUUGACAGCCCAAUGUGAAUCCGUGAAUCUUUUACACCCCAUUUAAUGUGAUAUUUACAUUUGAAGUGGUUCUUUUUUGUUAAGAGAGAAGAGAAAGAGCACUUCCUGUAACGAUUCACUGUAAUAUAGUUGAAAUGUAAUGAAGUGCCUUUCCGGUGUUAAAGGGAAGAUGUACAGACACACGGUCGCUCGUCUCCCGUGGCUUCUUUUUGUUAAUCGUUUGUUUAUGUGUGUGGCUUUUUGUUUGUUUUGUUUGUUUGUUUGUUUGUUUCUUGUCAUGUCUUGAAUGACAGUACUCUGUAUAAAUAAAUGUUUAUAGAUAUUCA